AUGGCCCCCUCAUCGCUCUUGUUGAGUGUAGGAUCGCUCAUUGCUUCGUCCUUGGUCUCAGCAACAGCCCUGGAGGCUCGUGAAUCGCAGACAUACCAGCUUGUAGAGUCCUGGCAGGGCGAAAGCUUCAUCAAUGACUGGACAUUCUUCGACGGCUCCGACCCUACUAAUGGCUAUGUCACGUACGUCAACCAGAGCCUCGCUGAAGAAUCCGGUUUGGUCAAAGUCACUUCGAGCGGUAGCUUCUAUAUGGGUGUCGACUACGAGAACACGCUGAACCCCAACGGCCCCGGCCGUGACUCCGUACGGAUCGAGUCGAAAAAGUACUACACAGAGGGUUUGUAUGUCAUCGAUAUCGAGCACAUGCCUGGCAGCAUUUGCGGCACAUGGCCCGCCUUCUGGUCCGUCGGUAAGGACUGGCCCAACGACGGCGAGAUUGAUAUCAUCGAAGGUGUCAACCUGCAGAAGGCAAACGAGAUCGUCCUUCACACCAGUGGCACUUGCGAUGUCUCGGGCAGCAACGACAUGACUGGCACCCUCUCUUCCUCUGAGUGUGGCGAGGCUUCUGGCACGGUCGGAUGUGUUGUCAAGGGGACCAAUGGCAGCUCCGGCACUCCUUUCAAUGAGGCGGGGGGUGGUGUGUAUGCCAUGGAGUGGACUGACGCCUUCAUCAAGAUCUGGUUCUUCGCUCGCAGCAAGAUUCCCGCUUCGCUUUCCGGCGGCAACCCCGAUACCUCCUCGUUCGGAACACCUAUGGCGCACCUGCAGGGCUCCUGCGACUUUUCCGAGCGCUUCAAGGCACAAAAGUUCAUCAUUGACACGACCUUUUGCGGUGACUGGGCCGGUGGUGUUUUUGGCGAAUCUAACUGCCCCAUGAGCGAUUCCAGCAGCGCCACUCAGAGCUGUGUGAACUACGUCGCUCAGAACCCCGCUGCUUUCAAAGAGGCUUACUGGGAGAUCAACUCCAUCAAGGUCUACCAGUACGGCGCCAGCGCUGCUUCGUCCGCCGCUACCUCCCAAGCCACAACCCCCAAGGUCGAAAGCACUCUAGUCUCGGUCCAGGCUGCCAAUACCGCAACGGCUACCGUUCCCGUCCCCGCUGAGACCACCGUUGUUCCCCAGACAGCUCAGACUAACGCAGUGGCGGAAGGAACCUCCGCUGCCGAUCACGCCACACACUCGUCUGCCGAGUCCACGACUAUUCCCGCUGUUACAGCUGCCACCGCUGCUCCCACUGCGUCUGCGGCUGAGGGCGGUGAUUCGGAGUUAGAAUCAACUAGCACCGUCUAUGUCACAUCGACUACCACUAUCUGCCCUGUCGAGGAAAGUUCAUCUGCAGCUGCCCUUGGUGGCAAGAACAACGCUGUCUCUAGUGAGAGUUCUGGCGCCGAGGUCGUUGCAACUUCCAUCGCUGCUACUCCUACUGCCGCCGCAAGUGAGCAACCCGCCGCUGAUGCCGUCGCAACUUCUGCCGCUGCUGCCUCUACCGCUGGUACUGUUACCGAGUCCGAGACUGGCGCAUCCCAGCUGACCGCAGGCGCUCUUUCUGAAAUCCCCACAACAGCUCCGGAACCUGUCUCCCAAGCUGUCAGCACGGCAUCCUUCGAUGACUCUGACAGUGCCCAAAGCGACUCUGGAGAGCAGAGCUCUAUUGCCUCUGCAUCUGCUGCACCUUCCACAAUUCCUGUGCCAGCCUCAUCCGGCGCUGCUGCUCUAGGUGGCUCUUCUAGCGCCAGUUCAUUCACUUCGUCGCGUCGCGUUCCCAGGCCCACCGGAAGUUCUGCUGCUACAUCCGUCACUGCUAUUGCUACCUGGUCGCCGACCGCUGGUGGUGAAAGUGCGUCCGGCACGGCAACAGGCUCGGCGACACUGACCGCGCCCUCUGAGGUUCUCUUCACUCCUGGUCUCAGCAGCGGCGCAAGCAGAAUGUCGGUUGGUCUUUCCAGCCUGAUCGGUGCCAUGUUCAUUGCUGUUCUGGCAUAG